GCGAAGUAAUGUUAAAUUUUAAGUCAGUUCUCUCGUGAUGAUUUUAUUUUCCAUUCGUUCCUAGCCUUUUGUGUCCGGAAUAACUUCAAGAUUUCAUGCUGACUGAAGGCCUUGGAGAAGAGGCAGCUUUCUUUUCAUUUCCAUUUUGCAAUCUUUUGUCAGGUCUUUCUGUGAUGAUGUCUACCAGCUGCUGUGGUACAAAGAAGCAAAAAAUGAACUCUGGAAUGGCAUGCAAUGGCUACCAUGAUACUAGAUCAGUUGUCACCAAAGAGAUGUGCAUAUAUUGCUUUGAUGUGCUUUAUGCAUCAUUGCAUAAUUUGGAGCCACCACCCAGCCCAAACUUCCCCAAUGAUUCAUACCCGCUGUUUGUGACGUGGCAGAUUGGUCGGGACCGGCGCCUGAGAGGCUGUAUUGGAACAUUUGACUCAUUAGAUCUCCACACUGGAUUGAAGGAUUACUCCAUUACCAGCGCCUUCAAGGACCGCCGUUUCCAGCCGAUCACGCGCGACGAGCUGCCGCGUCUGCACCUGAACGUCUCGCUGCUGACCAGCUUCGAGUCGGGCCGCGACUACCGCGACUGGGAGCUCGGCAAGCACGGCAUCCGCAUCGAGUUCACGUGCGCCGGCCGCAAGCGCACCUCCACCUACCUGCCUGAGGUGGCGCCCGACCAGGGCUGGGACCACACGCGCACCAUCGACUCGCUGCUCAACAAGGGGGGCUGGCGCGGCGCCAUCACCGAAGACGUGCGCCAGAGCGUCAAGCUCACCCGCUACCAGAGCUGCAAGCUCGGCAUGUCGUAUGACGAAUACAUCGACCUCACCUCCCAUCGACGUACAAACUAGUAGCUGCUGUAUGGGAGGGAGCCCGCGGCGGCGUGGGCGGCGCGCCCCCGUGCCAGCCCGGCGGCGACGGCGGGCGCCCGCCGA